AUGCUCAACUUUGGGGGUCUCAGAAUGCCUGCUCAGCUCCGGACAAAGCAACCAACCAACAACGGGCCAGCGACUCGCCAUCACUGGCCAUCGACGGCCGUCGACGGCCGUCGACCAGCCGUCGACCAGCCAGCAACCCGCCAGCGCUGCGCUGCUGACGGGUACAACGAGUAUCCCCAACAAGGUUCAGACAACGGCCGACAGAGUUUGACCGAUCAAGGUCGCGCAGUCAGCGAACCCCGUCCGUCGCCCUGCUCCUCUCGUUUCUUUUUCCUUCUUUUGCGACUCCUUUUUCGCUUUUUCGCCUUUUUCGCCCAUUGCCCAUUUCGCGUUGCUCGUUUUCCAUUUUUCACCCCCGCGUUGGCCAGACCCAGACCGCACCAGACUCAAUCCUCAGACUCAGACGCCGGUCUCCUCUCGUAUCUGACCGCUCGCUGGUCUGCUGCUUUUGCCUUUCGCCUUCUGCCUUCUGCCUUCUGCUUUCUGCUAAUCUUUCUGCUUUGCUCUCUUUGCUCUCUGCUCUUGCUCGUGCCUGCUCGUGCCUGCUCGUGCUUUGCUCUUGCUCUGCUCUUUCUGCUGCUCUUUGCUCCCCUGCUCUGCUCCCUACUCCCUCCCCUCUGCUUCGCUGCUCUGCUCUUUGGCUUGCUCUGUCUGCUGUCUGCUCUAUCUGCUCUGUCUGCCGUCGUCCAUGGGCGAUCUGACUCUCUGACCGACCGAUCUCGCCAUGCCUUUGUCCUGAUCGCCCUCCUGUCAUCACUGGAUCGCGCUCGCGAUCUCCUCGCCCUGGAUCCUCCUGACCUCUCUGGCGCCCUCUCUGGGAACCGACUCUGGCUGGGCGACCUUGCCUUUCCCCCCACCACGCUCACCGGCGUCCCCGUCUCGGUCCUGCCCGUCGCGGCCACUCGAGACGCGGCCGCUGCAAACCUGGCGACCCUUGCGAUCCCCCCGGGCAUGGGGACGGGCCUCGAGGUCCAGCAACCGUUGAGCGCGCGACGGCCCGGCGCUCCUCCACUGCCGACCUUUGAGCUGCCUGCGCCGACGUUCACUGCGGCGCCGGGUAAGAACCCGGCGCAGGCGCAUCCGCAGGCGCAUCCGCUGCCGUACUCGCUGCACCAUCCGCAUCUCCCUCCUCCCAAUCCGACGGUCAUUGCAUCCCAGCCGGAACCCCCAACAACAUCUACAGCAGCAGCGGCCACAGCAGCGACCACGACCGCCGCUACCGCUGUCACCUCGUCGCCGGAAUCCACAUCGUACUGGGCCACCGGCUCAUAUAGUGGGAGCGCUGGGACCGGCCGGCAACCCUGGACACCCAACCUGGGCUCGUCAUAUUCAAAUCGAGAUCCCUUCUCGCCUUCUUUCAACCCGUCUCUCCAUCGUAACCCGGCGACCUCGACCCCCGGCGCCGACCCGAUCCCUUCAGCAUACGAUAUGAACCAACUCCCUCCGUUUCAGCAGCAGCUGGGAGGAGCAGCAACAGCACCGGGACCAGUUGCGCAUCUGGCCCACAGCCAUCCAGUGAUAAAUCCGCACCCGUCCGUCCCGUCGAACGAUCCAUAUAUGGCCAAGUCCAGCUCAGCACCGGCCUAUGGAGCCGUCCUCUCCAGCCCACCGGGCUACCAAUACCCGCCGGCUGCGCCAUCAGGACCACCGCCACCGCUCGCCAUGCAUCAUCCGCCCCGAGUCGCGUCGAAUCCUCCGCCUCCUCCACCGCCGCCACCAACACACCUUUCCUAUCCCCACCAGCGCCAGCCCUGGCCGUCAUAUAGCCUUCCGGCGAUGACCGGCCCUGUCAUGUCCAAUGUCCACAGCCCCGGCGGACAGAUGUCGCUGAUGGGCCCGCCGCAGUCCGGACUUCUGCCGGGCUUCAAUAGCGGGUUGGUGGCUAGCAUGCAGCAGAUGUACGGCGGGCAUCCGCCGCACGCGAUGCACGGAAUGGGCGUGGGUGUAGGCGUGGGCGUAGGCCCAACCAACGACCGCCCGUUUAAGUGCGACAAGUGCGGGCAGAGUUUCAACCGGAAUCACGACCUGAAGCGACACAGCCGGAUCCAUCUUGCUGUCAAGCCGUAUCCCUGUCAUAGCUGCGACAAGCAGUUUUCGCGAAAGGAUGCGUUGAAGCGCCAUCAAUUGGUUAAGGGUUGUAAGGACGCGAACGAGCAGGAGAAAUCGGUCAAGGUUGAGAGCGGCGAGCAUUAAUUUUCUCUCCUCACUUGUACGCAACGUGAUUCGGAACUCGACUCCGUGCCCGCUCGGAACACGACGCGGCUAUUCUUCACGCUCAAAGUGAAACUGCACCAUGCCUACAACGG